AUGGCGGAACACAGGAUGUCCGACGAAUGGACUGGGAUGGCGGCGUGCACGAGCGAUUGGAGUUGCGAGGAGGAGUUUGCCGAGUAUCCGGUCGAAUUCUUCAUGCCACCACCCCCGAUCCCGUCGUUCUUGCGAGACGAACUUGGAUUCGAAGACCUCGGAAAUAAGGACGGUGUCGAAUCCGGGCAACACCCGUUGUCGACGGUCGUCGGAGAGGCUCCUAAUGACUUCUGUCACCUCUGCAAAUGGGCUGAUCCGUCGUUCGAUAACUGGUCACUGAGUGGAGGCUCCGGGAUUCAUGAAAUACGAUCUCGGAUGCCUCGUUAUUCGUCGUGGGAGGGGGAGUUUUGCGAUGGGCGUAAGAGGAAAGCUGGGGUAUCCUCGCUGUCGGAACAAGCUCUGAAACAGUUCCAGCGAUGGUUCGCUGCGUAUUUGUAUCGCAUUUUAAUACUGCGCCCCGGACAUGGACACUGCUAUCACGCCCAUCGUCACCCCGUGAUCCGCAGCAGCGAUAUUCCCAGCAACGCGGCAAUUGAAAUCCUCGCAGCGGCGAAUGGGGACAAUGGGGCGAAAACUUCUGGCUGCAUGUCAUAUCAAUUUUUUUUUCCGAAACCCCGGCGUGUCUUCGAGGGGUCACACAACUUCCGACGAUCGAGAUUCAGAUUUCCACGGGCCCGACUGACUCUCUUGAUGAGAAUCGAUUUCCCUCUGGUGUCAGACGUUUGA